AUGAAGUCCUUGGGGAACAGCCACAUCCUUGGGAUAUUACUUUGUGCUUUCUAUGUACGGUUGGUAGUUUCCUUUGGAAAAGUUACCAUCCCAGCAGAGCUGAAGUCAGCUGUAGCGAAAGUUGCAGUCAACGCCACAUCCUGCAGCGUCACCUGUGGGCUGGGCUUCAAACUGGAGGAGAUGUGCGAGAUCACUCCCACCGGAGAGAGGAGGAAUUGUACCGUGCGCAGGUCUGGCUGCCUGACCAACUGGGUUUGUGGCUUACUCCACUUCACCGUCCCGGUGGGCAAACCCUUCCAGUUCAGCUGCCUGACCUCGGACACAGUCGGCUUUGGUAACCAAACAUAUGGCUAUACGUGGAGGCUUGCCCAAGGCCUUGUCACCACAAAGGAUACACUGUUCAGACCUUUCAAAAAUCCCAAUCCUGUCGUCAGAUUUUCCCCUAUCAGGGAGUCUGAUGCAGGGACUUACCGAUGUGAUGUGCAGAUGUUGAAGAUAUUCAAAGUCAUCAAGAGGGUCUACUUUGGGGUCAGAGUGAUCAAAAGUGACUUAGUGGAUCUAAACUUUCAAAAAUCCUUGACCUGGGAACAGAAGUUAGCAGCAAACGAGGAGGAAGGAAACACAAAAAACAGCACCCAUGAAGAAGUGCAAGAGCUGCAGCACUUUUGGCAAGGAGAAUUGUUUUAUGAAGGCUUGGUAGGAGUUGGAAGUGGAGUGAUAGGGGGUGUCUUGGUGAACUUGGUGCUCUACUUCUUGCGGAAGACUUUGAGGAGAGCUGGAGAGAAAUGA